GCUUCGUAUUUCCGCUUCCUGUCGGAGGAGAUUCGUUUGUUAUUUUACUGAGAAAGAAUUGAUAUUUAUUUUCUCGUGGUUUAUGUGUGACACAUCGUGUUUAUUUUGACGUAAAUAUGCCGAAGUAUUACUGUGACUAUUGUGAUACCUACCUCACUCAUGAUUCUCCAUCUGUAAGAAAAACCCACUGUAAUGGUAGAAAACAUAAAGAAAAUGUCAGAUUAUUUUAUCAAAAAUGGCUCGAAGAACAAGUACAGAAACUCGUAGAUGACACAACUGCUGCAUUUAAAGCAGGUAAAAUUGCCAAUAACCCGUUCCAGUCUGGUCAACCUGGACCAAAUGGAGCCAUGAUACCACCACCUGCAGCACUCGGCGGUAAGCCAGGUGGUCCAGGUGGUCCUGGGCCUAACAUGCCGGGAGGUCCGAUGCCUGGUGGUCCGAUGCCUGGAGGUCCAAUGGGUCCAGGUAUGCCUAUGAUGGGACCUGGGGGCCCAAUGGGUCCACCUAUGAUGGGUAUGCGACCGCCCAUGGGACCAAUGGGACCAAUGCCCCCAAUGAUGGUACAUGGUGGUAUGAGACCACCCAUGGGGGGAUCAGGUGGACCUCCUCCUAACAAGAUGCCAAGGAAAAAUUAACAAAAAGACUUGUAUAUUUAUCGACUCACUGAGUAGUGUAUGGUGUGUCUGGAUUGAGCAAGACUACAUAUUUUCAUGUGUUUUUGUUUCACUGAAAAGGACUGGAUAAUUAAGUCACACCACCACAACAAACGUGCGCAGAAACAAAUCUUCAGAUUAUUUUGCUUUAAGAAAGAUUGUUGUUUUGUUUAAUGUUUAGAUUGUAACAGAUUCAUCAUUUGUUCUAGAAACAACGUAAUCUCUAGUAUUUGAUACUAAAAAUAGAAUGUAAAUAGAUCGUCACACUGUCUGAAUCUUCAGGUCAGUAUCCACUGGACAUGACAACCUACAACCACUCGUGGGGGAUUGGAUGGCUGAAUGGUUAGCACGUGCGCGCUGUAUCAUAAAGCCUGUCAUUGAGUCAACUGGCGUGGUUUCGAAUCCCCGGUUGUACGUGACAAUGAGGGUUUUCUCCGGAUCCUCCAGUUAUCCUCCCACUACUAAAGACCCCUACGCGCAAGUGAAUUAUUGAAAUAAAAUUGAACCAUGUUAGUCCCGAAAUGACCUAGUUUGUGUCGAGUGGACGUUAAACCCCAUUUUUCUCUCUCUCUCUCUCUCUCUCUCUCUCUCUACAUUGCCAGAAAAUUUGAUAUAAGAGUAGUCCGUAGCACCGCUGUCCAGGCAAAAUUUCCCUACUAGGACACUGCAUGGCAUAUGCCCGUCUUCAUUAGCCCAAUCGAAACAGAACAGCAAGAUAUGGUGGCUGUUAGCGGCCAUUCAAAUGUCAUCUAAAUCGUCGCCUUAUGAAGAAGGCGACAAGUCGACGAAAUCAACCCGCUGACAAUACAAAAUAACCCGACGAUCGUCGCCUUCAUUUCAUCGACUUGUCGGGUCAAUUCUGUCGAUUUGUCGCGUGAACUUAUUCACAACCCGACAAAAUACAAUUAUUUCGACUUCUGUGCGCAUGCAAGUUAUCCAAUCAGCAAAUGCGCAAGCUCGAGUUUGACUUCCGAGGCGACAAGUCGAAAUAAUUGUAUUUUGUCGACUAGAGCAUGCGCAUUUGAAUGGCCACUAACAGCCACCAUAGCAAGACGUUAAACCCCAUUUCAUUUCUUGUAUUCCUGAAAUUCGAAUCCUUCUAAAUGCAGUACGAUGAAUAUUUGCAGAUUUUAUGUAGACCUGUCACGAUAGGGGUGGACAAAACAGACAUUUAUUUGUUGUUGCAUCUGGUGGGAUACUGGCCUUGAAACAUACAUCGGCUGCCAUGACUCCAUUAAAGGUUUUAAAAUGGGUCUGCUCAGCUAGAUAGUUGAGUGUCACUGAUGAAUUCCCGUCGACAAACGUCGCCCUUUAGGGUUUUGUGUCAGCUAUAAUUUUAAAAUAUGUCUGCUCUCUGGUAUGAAUUCACAUCAACAUGAUGUCAGUCAUUCUCUUUUAAAGCGUCAGCUCUGGUAAAUAGUUGGGUGGUCAGAUCUAAAUAUUAAGGCUACAAGAUGUAAACGGGGCUAGCGCUAACCCUUACCCACAAUCUUCGGCAACAAUCACGUGCCCUAACCCUGUUUAUAUCUCGUGACCUGGACAAAAUCUGCACUUGGACGUAAUAUUUAGAUCUUACCAUAUUUGGGUGUCACUGAUGAAUCAAAGUGAAGUCACCCGAAGGUUAAUGUAAGCCAUCAUGAUUCAUUUCAUAUUUUAUUGAUUUUAUUUGUAAAAUAAACGGAAUUCAUUUCAUCAUAUUAAAACGUAUCGUAAUCUC